AUUGUCAAUCGGAUUCGAGCAUUUAUAACGAAGCCAGGAAUACAUUGUCGUUUUUUAAAACGACGGCGGAUCCACCAUUUUUCAAACAGGGCACAGCAGUUUCAGAAGAAGGAAUUUACAAGAAAUCACAAGUAAUCACUAUCAGGCCUACUCAGAUAACGGAGCUUUGCUACACAAUGUAUAGUUACAAGACUUAUAAUGUAGACAGAGCAAUGGAUCGAAAUGUUGCUUAAUGAAUUGCUGUUAUGUUUGCUUGUCCUACUAACCUUCCUUGGAAUCCAAGCUAAAGGUUCAAAAAUCAUAAUUUGUGAGAACGAUGUAGGAACAUUGGAGUGUAACUGCAUGUACAAGAUACGUGUGCUCUCUGCAUUAUAUGGUCGAAUGCAGCCAGGUAACGUAUACUGCCCUCACUCUAGCAUAGUUACAGUGGGAUGUUCGACCGACGUGCUUAUAGCGAUCGCAUCCACGUGCAAUGGUACGAAGACGUGUACCAUACGUGCUUCUAAUGUAUAUGAUGAUCCUUGUCCUGGUACCUUCAAGUACAUGGAAGUGGAAUAUGAAUGUUUGAAACCUGAAGAUACGCUUACUAUUGUGUGUCCCGACGACGUCUUUGAAUGUGCAGAUACAUUACUCAAUGUUGCAAAAAUAACGUGGAAACCCGCCCAAGUUGUUGACGCCAUGAGAAGAAAGCUUGAAACAACGCACAGCAUAUCUAAUGGAUCUUUUCUUUCUACUGGAGAAAUAUUUAUAAACGUAACGACAAAUGACUCCGGCUGUUACGACGUUGCUUCCUGCUCAUUUAGUGUUUUUGUCGAUGAAGGUGUGGUUGCUUCACUUAACAUCGAUGAUCCAGACCAUCCUUAUUCAAUUGCAUUUGACAACAUUUCCAUUCAUCUUGGCUUCAACUACACAGGCCAAUUAACAGUGGUGGCGGUAUUUUGGGAAUAUCCUUUCUUACUCACACCCCAACUUACUGAGAAUGUCGAAAGAAACGUGUCGUAUUAUCUUAAUUCAGGAUUGCUCUCUAUAGCAACAUACCAUGAAGUCGAUGGAGAAAUUAAUCCUACGAGCGUUGAAUAUGAAAUACAUAUGUUGAAGGCUGAUGAAAUGCUGAUCGAAUCUCUGAAGUUGAGAAAUAUUAAUCUUGCGGUGGUGUGUGGGUUCGUCGACCUUGAAAUGCAGGAAUGGUCAACAUCAGGUUGUUACGUUGUCUACGUCAAUGAUACGAAGGUUUUAUGUAAAUGUAAUCACCUGACAAGCUUCGGCAUUCUAAUGCAGGUUACGUCAUACGAGCCAAAUUCACAGCAUACCAAGGCUCUGUCAACGCUGACCAAUAUCGGUUUAAUACUGUCUAUCACUCUGCUAAUUAUCACUGAAAUUGUAUACAUGAUAAACAAAUCAUUGUGGAAGUCUCUUCGGAACAACAUACAUAAGAACUUGAUUGGCAACAUGCUUGCCUUCUACGUCUUGUUUCUAGUUGGAAUCGACAAAGUUGAUGACACGAAGAUUUGUAAGGUCAUCGCGAUUUGCCUGCACCUUCUCCUGAUGAACAUCUUUUUCUGGAUGCUUGGAGAAGCUGUCUUUCUUGUAUUUAAAGUAAUCUACACAACGCCAAGUCCACACAACAAAUUGAGAAAUUACAUGAUCUGUUGUUAUAUAUCAUCAAUUAUCAUAAUUGUACCUGCUGCUACAUUCGCAUAUGAUUUAUACGGAAAUAAUGAUUAUUGUUGGCUGGACAAAGACCUCUCAUGGAUCAUUGUUGCUCCAGCUUUAAUAAUUAUCGUGUUUAGUAUGACGGUGCUUAUUAUCAUGGUUCAUAUUAUCUAUCGUCGAGCUGGAACAAACGUGCAAGCAUCGGAAAGCAAAAAGCAAGACUACAAACAGCUUAAAAAAUCAUUGAAAGGGACGCUCUUUCUGGUUCCUAUUCUCGGUGUAACAUGGAUAUUCGGACCUUUAGCGGUAAACGACGACACCAUCUUUAUGGAGUACAUUUUUGUGAUAUUGAACUCUUUGCAGGGCGUGUUCAUAUUCAUCGUGUAUUGCUUGCUGGACAGCGAGGUACAAACACACUGGAAGAAAGUAGUGGGAAAACGUCAAAGUCAAGUUCACACGACUAGUAUUACUGCUACAAACUAAUCAUGAUUAACCGUAACUGAAACUUGGUUAUUUUAUUUGAAAGUGUUGUUGGAUUAAGAGUAAUCUAGUGACGUAACAUUUGUUAAAAAUCGAAUAAAAUGGCGCCUACUAUGACUAUAAGAGUUUAAAAAUUGGAACCCAUUUCCGUUUUGUUUGCACUAUCUAGUUAAAGCGUUUUCACAAUCAAGUUAUUCCU